AUGGAUAUCCCUACGACUACAGCUUCAGAAGCACCGCAUGAGUCGGUCUGCAAGACUGAAACUACACCAACAUCAUCAUAUCAUGAAACUGGCCGUACCCGCGCAAACGAAGGCGAAGCUGGCGAAAAGUCCAAUCACACAGCCUCCAAAGACCCGAAGCAAAACGUGCCCCAGAAACAGGCCACGAAGAAAUUCUGCACCUUUGCUGUGAACAAUGGUCUCACUGGCUCACCCGGACUCCCACCAGAGUUACGUUUGAUGGUCUACAAAGCCGCGUUCCCCGAAAUGGGCCCAUCCAUUGUUUACGAAAAACCCGAUGGAUACGCAAAAAACAAACUAGUCUUCAUUGGGCCUGUGGGCCAUUGCGAUCAUCAAUCACACCUUCUCAAAGAUCUAAUCUAUGAAGACAACGUGUGCGCACGUUGCAGACACUCACCUCCCAAAAACCAUCGAAUUCAAGCGGUACUGGGGAGUAACUUCGCGCGUGAUCCCGCCACUCGUUCAGAGUUUCUCACGGAGUACGUACGCCAGGUCCAGUUUUGUUGCAAACCACGUUAUCAUUACCAUCAUGACAGAGAUCACCGAGAUCUACAGCAAUUUUUGUCCAUACUUGCUGCGUCAAAUCUCAUUGGAUCAUUCAGAUACCUCACCAUUCUAGUCCCUUGGAAUCAAAUAAUGGCCGUGUACAAACCCCGUCCGAAACUUGACGCCAUUCAUAUUGCUUAUAUUCUUACCAUCUUAUAUCGCUACAAGCUAAAGUGCGAACUGACAUUCUACCAUUAUAAUACACGGAUCCUCAGGCGGUUACUCGAUCAUAUAGUGGAGAUAGGCCAAACGAAUCCUUUACGCACUGGAAUUGGCAACAGCGAUCAAGGCUCCAGAUCAAAUUUUGCUGAUUUCUUGAUGGCAAGUUGGGAUUUUGCUAGUCAAGACAAAGUAUUAGAUAAAUUGAGCAGGCGUUUGACAAGAGAAGUUAAAAGAACGCAGACGGCGAAAGCAGAAAAUAAAUACGAUGUACUAAAGUAUCCUAUCGACUUUAGCAAGUGA